AAUAAUACAUAAGCUUAGGACAAAACCCAAAAAGGUUAAAAUGAGAAUUAAUUUGACAGCAUUAUUACUAAUUCUGACAUUGAUUCAAAUCUCGAAUGCAAUGAAAGAAAAGAAAAACAAAGAGAAGAAAGCUGUAUGGAAGGAAAAGCAAUACAGAAGAGAAAAGUCAAAGGGAAUUAAAAGGCCACAAGUAGCAGAUUUGGAGCAAUAUGCUGUCCUGAUGGCAUGCCCUUGGAAACGAGCAUUUGUGCGGAAUAAGCGACCAGUCAAAUGCGAGGAGAAUGCAGAUUGUCCAAAUGCUUUCUUUUGCCAGAAAGUCGUGAAUCCGUUAAAUAUGACACAGAAAAUUGGUUACAGUGUUUGCUGCAGGUUUACCAACCACUUGUGCAGAUAUCCAGCCAAGAACAUUAUUCCACAUAGCUCCAGAGAGUAUGUGGCAUGUGCCAAUAAUAGCAACUGCCCUGAGGAUUACAUGUGCCAUAUUAAUAAGGAUUACUCCCUAUGUUGCCCCAUGCCAGGCUCAGAGGUCUUCAUGGAAGGAGUUUCAGGAUGUAUAGUAAAUGGUAGUAUGGUAGAGGCCGGGUACAAGUCUAUAUCAGAGGCCAUAUGUACGACAUGUGAAUGUAAAGCACAAGAGAUGGUGUGUACGUCUCAUCCUGACUGUGCGUGUGAAUAUAAUAACAUCACAUAUGCCAACAUGGACCAAUUCCUGGAUGGGGACUGUUCAACAUGCACAUGCAUGAAAGGAACGGUGACUUGCAUUGAGAAUAGAUGUGAUUCCUGUGAUAUUAAAGGCUAUGGCACGAUAUCCCACCUUCAGUCCAUUUACGUUAACACAACAUGCGAAUCCUGCAAUUGCACUAAUGGACGCCUUUCAUGUACCAACGAUCCAGCUUGUGAAUGUAAUGAUAAUGGCAAAAAGUACAAUCAUGGCUCAAAAGUGAAUUCAAAUGAUAUAUGCGAGGAUUGUACAUGUGCCUUUGGAAAUGUGACGUGUGAGCCUCAUAAAAAAUGCAGGUGUCGCCACGAUGGCAACAUAUUAGCUCACGGAGAAAGUGUGACUGAUUUUGACGGCUGUACAAUAUGUUAUUGUAAUAAUAAGAAAGUGUCUUGUCCCAAACGACCGCAAUGUGACACGUGUAUUCAUGAUGGAAAGGAAUAUAAGCCUGGAAAGAGCUAUAUGACAUCAGAUAGAUGUCAGUGGUGUGUUUGUGUAACAAGAGAGAAGAGUAUUUGUAGGAUCAUAAACAGAAAACACCCAAAAUGUCAAAAUGUAAAACAGGCAAGCCUAAAUGAAAUUGAAAGUGAUAUAUGGCUAAAAGAAACUCAGGUAUUGCUAAAUAAAACUGGAAUAUGGCUAAACGAAACUGGAAUGUGGCUAAACGAAACAGAGAUAUGGUUAAAUGAAAAUGAGAUUAAUAUUUAAGUUCCUGG